AUGCCCAUUUUUAUAUUAGGCAUUAUUAGUGGAGUACUUGUUUAUGAAGGAAAUGAGGACUGACUUCGAAGUUGGAACCUUUCUCUUCUAUGAUUGAAUUUUUUCCCCUCUCCUUCUAUUCAUGCUUCCAAGUUCCCCUGUCUACGGGCAUGCUAAUGCUUCUUGCACUCAAGUUCUAAGUCUGAGUUGGACAAAGUUUCCAAAGCUAUGGAAAAAGAAGGAGAGCCUUUUACUUCCAGUAACAAAAGCAAUUUGUGGUUCUUCAUCGAUGAAGGGACUGAAUUGAAAAGCUUGACAAUAUGUCUCAACUGGGUAUUCCAAGAUCAACCUAAUAUUUGGAUCACUGCUCUCUCAUGGUCCAUCUUCUUGCUUCUGGCGAUCGGUGUUCCUAUCGUGUCUCACUUCGCUCUUUUGUGCUCAAAUUGCGAUUCAAACCACCAGAGGCCUUACGAUGCAGUGGUGCAAUUAUCUCUCUCGACAUUUGCAAUAGUUUCAUUUUUUAGUCUAUUUUCUUGGUCUCGCAAGUACGGUGUAAGAAGAUUCCUCUUCUUGGACAAAUUGGAUGAUCAAAAUGAGAGGAUUCGGCGAGAAUAUAAACAACGGCUCCAUAGAUCAAUGAAGCUGCUCUGCGUUUUUGUCCUCCCCUGCUUUGCUGCAGAGAGUGCCUACAGAAUAUGGUGGUAUGUCACAGGAAACACCCAAAUACCCUAUUAUGGGAACAUGUAUGCCAGCGACGCAAUUGUGUGCAUAUUGCAGCUAUUUUCAUGGGUGUAUCGAAUAUCAAUUUACAUCCUUGUCUGCAUUCUCUACCAACUGAUUUGUUAUUUGCAAGUACUUAGUCUUGAAGAGUUUGCUCAAGUCUUUCAAACAGGAAGUGAUGUGGGUUCAAUCCUGAGGGAGCAUCUCCGAAUCAGAAGAAAUCUUCGCAUCAUAAGCCACCGAUUUCGAAGGUUCAUAUUGCUGUCUCUGGUUUUGGUCACUGCAAGUCAGUUAAUGUCAUUGCUGGUGACCACCCGUUCCAGUGCUCAGAACAACAUCUUUGAGGCUGGAGAACUCGCGUUAUGCUCCAUUAAUCUGGUGACGGGGCUCUUCAUAUGCCUGCGAAGCGCUACAAAGAUCACCCACAGAGCACAAUCCGUGACAAGCCUUGCUACAAAGUGGCACGUAUGCGCCACAAUCAACUCUUUUGAUGAUAUAGAUGGUGAGACUCCACUAGAUCAGACUAGUGCUUGCAGCCACCAAGUGUUUCCUGUGGACAUCGAUUGGGUUUUGGAUGAUGAAGAUGACGAUGGAGAUGAAGAUACCGAUAAUAGCACCAAAAUGGUACCAAUUUUUGCUCAUACAAUCUCAUUCCAGAGGAGACAGGCCUUAGUGACAUAUCUGGAAAACAAUAGGGCCGGCAUGACAGUUUAUGGGUUCAUGAUGGACAGAACAUGGCUCCAUACUGUAUUUGGGAUUGAACUAGCUCUACUCCUCUGGUUGCUCAACAAAACAAUAGUGAAUUGGACAUGAAAGAGGCAAUAAUUCAGUGACACAAGGGAACUAUUACAUUUGGCAGCACUAAGGCUACAUUGGCAGCACUAAGGCUUCAUUUGGCUAAUUAUUAUGGGUAAGACUAUCACGUUGUAUGUAUACUUAAAUGAGUUCAUUUGUUUUUCCUUUUUGUUAAUAUGUGAACUCUUAAAUCUCUGCAUACCUUGUGAAUCGUUGCCAUGGUUUUGUGAAAUUAAACAAAAGGCCAUUGGAUUGUAAUGAGUUUGAGGUUUGCCUGUAUUUUUCUAUUGCCAAAUGAAAAAGGCAUAUUUAGGCGUGUUA